GUUUCUCGGAGUUGUGUCGUUUUGUUCUCAUCGAGGCCAACCCGGUUCCAUUCGCGCGGCGGCGUCGCCAUUUGACGGACGUUCUGUUGUUCCCGUUAACGUUUCAACGUCCGAAAAGUUAGGGAAACUUUUCCCUGUGGCGGCCCUUGACGAUAAAAACUUUUGUUCGUCAAACAAAUAAUGCUGGUGCGGUGCAAAGUGGUUUAUCGAUCAGUGUUAGUGUAGUGCGUUUAUUUUUUGCAAUUGCUAUUUACCGUUUUAAUUGAACGUUACUGUUUCUUUCGGAUAAAGCGCACAAUAAGCAGCGCUCAACGCAUGAGAGGGCCGUAUAUGGUUUAUUCUUUGGGCUGCGACUGCGUCCAUCGGUGAAAGUAGACCUUUGUUAAGUUCAUAAGGACACAUCAGGCCGCUUGCAACUAGCUCGAAACGAGCCGUUUCGCGUACUGUUGCGAGAGAAGGUCACGCGGGGUCACCGGUCGCCAUGGCAGCCGGUUUCAAAACAAACCCCUGAAGCUCACGGGGCGGGCGGAUGUCGGGCGGCGGAGCAGGGCUGAUGUCGUGCGUGCGCGAGGGCUCGCUCGAGCCGCCCUACCGACCGCCGCACGCUGACACCGGCCAUGGCGAGGGUCGCACGGGGCGGUUCCUGCGCGGUCUCCGGCGCAUGUUCAGGCGCCGUGGUAGUGGAGCCCGCACUGAAGGAUCCCCCGACCCCAAGAGCAGUUCCACUAGUGAAUUGCUUGACGCUGAACGCCAUGCCAGGAGAAAAGAGGGUGCGUACGGCAGCGGGCUGUCGGUGUCGCACGACUCGGUGUUCACUGGUGAACGCUCCGGCGAUGAGUCCGGCGACGAGAGGCCGUCCGCCCUCGGCCUCGCCCAAGUCGCCGCCUCGCAUAGGGCGGAGCUAGUGGCGGCGGUGAGAAGACGCGGCCGCGGCGAAUGCAGCGAUGACGAGGAAGACUUGGGACUACCACGAAGUCCUCCAGCCUCGCCCCCCACCGACAAAGCUGAUAAGCGGCACCAUGCAGGGAUCUCUCAGUCGUCGUGCAGCGACGGCUCGCUGCUCAGCGUCGGUUCCUCGGAGAUGGACGAGGACAGCAGCAGUGGUCACCACCACUCGCACGACCACUCCGCGCGGAGCGACCACUCCGAUCUCUACAAUUCCUCGGAGCCUCCAUCGGGUGUGGCGCCACUGUCGCACUCGGCCGCCAAGCACAAGAUGGCGGUGCGACCGCGACGCACUCACGGCGCGCCUCGACGCAAGAAAAAUAACCCGAUUGCCGCAUCAGCCUUGCCGAUAACGCCCGAACUGAACGAAGAAAUGAUACGAAGCACUACUCCUGAAGUCACGCAGAAAACCUUAGAAGUUGUUACUGAAUCAUUCUCUUCAUCGACCACAUCGAAACAUCAAAUGUUCGUCAAAGAACAACACCAACAAAUGAACCGGGAACUGCAAAGAGUCUUGGAGCCAUCCAACGACACCAAAAUGAAAUCAUCUUCCCUUCCACCAGGACUGGCGUUAGGCCAACUUAUGGGCCAGUCGCCAGCGAAACUCAGUAUUGCAGAGUCAAAUACUCCACGUUCGUCUAUAAAGAGAAGCAAAUCGAGCACCCAAGACCAACCCUUGAGGGCAAACUCGCCCAAAAUGCAAGUCAUUGCAGCGGAAGCCCAAAUCCAUACAUAUCACUCCGAAGAACGAAUGCCAAAAUACCGCCUGGAUAAAAAAUAUGCCGAAGAGCCUUGCCUCGAGAAAAAGUCUAAGUCAGAGAAGAAGAUAGAGAAUGAAAAUAUCAAAUCAUCGAAGAAAGAGGAGUCAUUUUUCAGUCGACUACUCCUGAGGAAAAGCGGUAAAAAAUCUAAGAAGGAUCAAACUGAUGGUGAAUGUCAGCAGGAGAUUAAGAAGUCAAAGACGGAGAAAUCUCAGUAUAAAGUCGUUGACGCUGAUAGAAGUGAAUAUACCCACCCUGAAACCCAUACACACAAACCAGUGCCAGCGGAAAGGUCUUACAAGUCAGCGGGGCAAAAGGCCUUUGCAAAUCAAUUGCACAAACGUAUAGACAAACAAGGCGCUUACGUACAUGAUGGUGCAUACAAAGACGUGUACAGCGCUGCGAAAGUAUCCGGCAUGGAAUACAAUAUAGCAGAUCUCAAAAUCGCCGAAGAGACCGACACCAUGCUGAACUUCGAAAUGAAGAGUCGAUUCAGUAGACGCGACGAGUUCAGUGAGAGAGUCGAAAAGAAACGCUCGACUUCCAAAGAAACGAUUGCGGAACACAAACGCGAAUCAUUCAAUUUAAAUCUUGAUAAAUCUAAGAGACCGGCAUCAAUUCAGCGCUUAAUGGACCCAUUCCCCUCCAAGGCGUUCAUUAAUAAUGAAAUAAUUCAAAACCAAGAGGAAACUCUGUCAACUUCUCUGGAAAUAUCUGACGAAGAGCUGCCUAUCGCAGCUAUGCGCAUCAAGAAUACACCUGGCGAUUAUGCGUUUCACAGCGGAAGUAUGCCUAAGAACUUGCCCUACUUCAGUCCGAACAUAAUAGUAUCACCUUCUCCAGCAAAAAUUAGUCAAUCCUCCGAGAACGUGAAAAAGACGAUUCGCUCCUCAGAACACGUUGAAUUCCGCGACAGGCCAAUCGAAACGCGCGAAUGUGUCCACCACGGUGCUAAAAUCGAGGAAUCCUACGUUACUUCCGGUUUGAGGUCUCUAGGCGACGAAUAUGUUGAAACUAGAAACAGCAUCGGCAAAUCGCACAGCUUCCGCUACGCUUCCGAGUCUACUUCGAUAAGUUCGCAAGAAAAUCAAAUGCCGAGUCUGCCGGCAAUCGUUGGUAUAUCCGAACCACUGCUAGAGAGUUGGGAGGUUAACUACAGAAGGAACGUUAGCGACAGGCAUGAUUAUUCCAAGAGAGUAUCCGCGAGGAAUUAUAAUAUCAUGCAAACGAGCGCUGAAACAAAUUACGAUAGUUUGCCAAGCACUGAUAGCAGUUAUUUGGACAGUCUUAAAAAUGACGACGACAGAAAACUGUUCGCUAAUAGCGUCCACAUAGCAAUGGAUACUCACAAACGUGAUAGCGACAUCUCUCAAAUCGAAGCCAAAAUUGACGACAUUAUUAGCUCACCAAAACCUAUUAUCGCUCCGAUACUCAAAUCCAAUUCCUUAGACAGCGUUAAGAGCAGCCCUGAAAAACCUGCGGAUGACAGAAGGAAGACUGUUUCUGUGGAAAGUUCGUUAAGUCAGAGCGGCAAAACGAUACAUAAAGAAACAAAUCAAGACACAGAAAACUUUAUCUCCGUAACUAUUGUUAAUAGAGAACUAACUCCUGUAGCAGUUAAAAACAUCGAAGCGUCUAUGUUGACUAAAAGUGACGAAAAAUUGCAAAAAUCUGGAGUUACGUCCAAACAACCAGGGGUACCGGAGUUUCUUAACAUUCAAUUAAAUAAAGUGGACGCGAAACCUGCAACUCACGUGGUUUUAACAGCCAACGUGACUCCAAAAAAGGAUAAUCCACAGAUCGAAAAGGAACGAGAAGUUGAAAUCUUACCAGUGACAGAAACUAAGAUUUUAAAGUUACCAGUCGCUAAAGAAUCUAUUGCAUCAAAAAUAACAGAAAGUGUCGCCGAAAAUCUAUUGGAAGACAAAAUAACAACAGUAGUUCCAAAGCCCAUACAACUAUCUCAAGCUACUCCGCGAAGUCCCUCAAUGCCUAGAGAUUUCUUUAAAAGAAAAACCGCGAGCAUCGAGCUUCAAGACAAACCAGAAAAAACUAGAACCAAUUCCGUCAGCACGGAAGGUAGUACAGAGAAAAUUUUCGACAAUAUUUCCAUGGACCAAAAAUCACAUUCAAGCUUCGGUAGUAAAAGCUCGAUACAGAGCACCGACAGCAACGAAAACAGAACUCUGGAUAGACACGACGAGACAGUUGUAUAUCGAAAGAAGCCAAUCAUUGGUAAAGAAACACGAGGUGAUAGAAAAAAUGACGACGAACCGGAAUUAAUGAAGGUUUUCGCGAGGCGAUCUCUCAAAAUAAAGGACACAGAAGCUGAUAGUUUGGCUCAAGAAAUCGCCGAAUCCAAAGAGAAGAGAGAACUUACCGAAAACACAUCUACAAAAUCCAAAAUACUGAAAAACGAAUUUAAUGCGUCCAUCAAAUCUAGAGAUAGUGACAAAGAGAAUGAUGAAAAGGAACAAAGCGUUGAGAACAAGCUCGUAGACAUUGCCGCUAGAGUCAGCCAAUUCGGAGUCCCGCAUUACCAAAGGAGCGUCAGCAUUCACAGCGUGUCAAACGUGAAACGGGACAGCGCUCCCGUCUACAGGAAUGAAGUCAAUAAAUAUAAGAAGGAAGUGUCAGAUUCGACUCCCGAGAAGAGACUAAGAAACAGAACUUUCCCGGACCCGUCAAACGAUAGAGAUAUGGCCAAGACCGAAGCUAUGGCUUAUAAAGCCGACACGCUUACGAAGCGCCCUUGGCAACGGAAGGACGAGUUCAGGUUAUCCGUGGAGAAGGAGAAACGUGAGAGUUCUGUGAUAGAGAAAGAGUGCGAGAAAGAGAAGGAGGAAGUUGAGAAGGAAAAUAACAAUGCAGAGGGAGAGGCGGACGCGUCACCGCAGUUUAAAGGCAUUCUGCAGAUGAGAGCAGAAUGGGAGCGACGAGCCAAACAGGGGAUGACCAAAUAAUUAAAGGUGCUAAGUAAGGAAUCCAGAGGAUACCACGUAACAAUAGGUUAUAUUAUGUAGUGAUAUGGAAGAAUUUAGGUUAAACAUUGCAGUUAUUAUCGAAACUAAAGUUACAUUACACUAUAGAGUUCUAUGUAAUGUUAAUACAAUGUAUUUUUGAGUGUUAUUGCAAACUAUAGCAUAGUUAUAUUUUAUUAAAGACUAAAAUUGUGUAUUAAAAAUAUUUCUGAACUGUGAAAUACAAAUUUUAUUCCUGUAGUUUUUUUAUGUCGUUUCUAUUCCUACUGUGUAUGUCCCGCUCUGUAUGGGACUUAUGGAGUGAAACAGUCAAUAAGGUGCAUUAAAGAAUUUUUAGCCGACUUCAAAAAAGGAGGAGGUCCUCAAUUCGACUGUUUUCUUUAUGUGAUAUUGAUGAUUUUUAUUUGAUAGCUGGUGCUUCUCAUGUAGUUCCACAGUAGUUUUUGAAUUAUCCUUAAUAAUGCGUAUUUAAUUGACGCUGGCCAACCGACUUUAAUUUGGAAAAGAAAAUUGAAAAAGUCAGGUAUACGUCAAAACCUGAAAACGAGUUUGUACAACCAGUGUGUGUUGCCAGUGAUGACUUAUGGAUCUGAGAUGUGGUACUUCACUGCGGGCCGUGUGAGGACGUUCAAGGUCGCUCAGCGAGCUAAGGAGAGGGCUAUGCUUGGGGUUUCUCUGCGUGAUAAACUUAGAAAUGAGGAUAUCCGCAGUAGAACCAGAGUAACCGAUAUAUUCCAAACAGAUUAGUAAGCUGAAGUGGCAAUGGGCCGGCCAUAUAGCUCGAAGAAUCGACAACCAAUUGGGAAAAAGGUUCUCAAGUGGCCUCGUACCGGUAGGCGAAGUGUAGGGCGACCCCCCACUAGAUGGAGUGACGACCUGGUAAUACAUGCAGGAAGUCGAUAGCUGCAGGUGGCUCAGGACCGCGCUUUGUGGCAUUUACUGGGGGAGGCCUAUGUUCAGCAGUGGACUUGUGAAGGGCUGUAAUGAUGAUGAUGAUGAAGUCAGUUGUAAAAAAAUUAUAAUUUUACCACUUGUCACUACUAGGCUAUAAAAUUGUCAAUUGCAAUUUUAAGAACUAUUUACCACGUGCUCGACAAUGGAGGAAACAUCGUGAGGAAACCUGCAUGACUGAGUAAUAAAAAAAAAUAUUCGAAUACUUGUGAAGUCCGCCCGCUACACAUAAUGGGGCACAGUGGACACUUCCUUGACCUAAAACCUCAGAAACGAAAGGAGGCCUAUGCCCAGGAGUGGGGCGUACCUAUAUAGACUGUAACUUUACUUUGCUACUAGACCAUAGAUCAGAUAUGGUUACGUUAAAGUAUUUUUAUGCAAAAUUCGCCACUGCAAAGCACUCUCAGAAAGUUAUGAAAGCAACGUCUCCACAAGUCUCAAUCACGGAACACAUUGUGAGAGGCAGUCGCAAGAAACUCGCAAGUAGACUAAUUUGGUCCUAAUACUUAAAAGUUAUUCUCAUAAAAUAUAAGUAUAAACAAGUCAGAAAAAGUUAUUAUUAUUCUAAAUAAAUCGCUUUUCCAUAAAAAUGAUUUUUAUAUGGAACUAGCUGGUACCCCUGCGCCAUGCUGCCGCAAAAGACUGCCGUGGCAGUAUUCUCGAAAAUUUUCGGUCAUCACUGCACACCAUGCUGAGUGAUAUCCUUUUUUGCCUUUGAUGUACGAAGUCAAAUGUAUUUUCAACCAACUUCAAAAAAAGGAGGACGUUCUCAAUUUGACUGUAUUUUUUUAAUGUACCCCACAACAUUUUUCUUGGUGACCCGACUUUGAUGAUUCUUCUUUAUUUGAAAGCUGGUGCUUCUCAUGCAUCCCAUAUAAAUUUGAUCAAGAUCCGAUCAGUGGUUUUUGAGUUAUCCUUAAUAUUGCUUAUUUAAUUGACUUCGACUACAUUGAUGAUGUUCUCAUUUUAUUUGUAUUGAAGUCGGUUGCACAAUUUUUUUUUUAAUUUUACCAAUUGUUAAGUUAUAAAUUUGAAUGUGUGUCUCAAUGAUCUUUGUCAAAAUAAAGUGUUUCUUUCUUUGUUUAUUAAUUAGU